UCUCUGCAAUCACACAUCGGGCGUACAUAUAUUCCAAUCAUCUUAAAACAAUGAAUGAACUUAAACAGUGCUUCAAAGAUCAAUAACUUCAGGAUAAAAUCACAAGAGCGCCAUUAUUUUAUUGUCAACUCGAAAUUCUACCAUACCAAUCAGGGGCAUUCUUAGUUGUACAAUACUUUGCUGUGAAAGAUAUCACAGCUGCUAAACAUGACUAACACAACUACUGUAAGUGUUUUGGAAGCGACAGCCAACGUUACAUUGAAUUGUGAAGAUGACUAUAUUCAUCGGAGUAUCUUGUUGGAAUAUGUUCCUGAAAGUAUUUAUGUCGACAGAUACACAACGCCAUUUCUUUAUAUCAUCGGCUUUCCAGGCAAUAUUCUGUCAUUCAUCGUCUGGAUACAAAGGCGCAUGCGUCAUUCAUCUGGAUAUUACUUAGCUGCAAUUGCCCUUGCUGAUCUGUUUUUCUUAGCUUUGCAAAUCGUGCAUGAAGCACAAAGUGCUUGGUUCUUAACUGUCUUAGACUAUCCCAUCAUAUGUGGAGGCUACCCUGUGUUAUUUAUGACUUGCCAAUAUUUACCACCACUGUUCGUGUUAGGUUUCACCGUUGAGAGAUAUAUAUCAGUCUGUCACCCGUUCAAACGUGAACGAUACUGUACCACAAGACGAGCUAAAAUUGUGAUCCUUGCGCUGAUCAUACUUUCAUUCAGUCUGUCUUCUAUGCAAGGAUACUUUUGGCAUUAUAACUCUGCGUGUCAAUCUUGCUCACCUCGGAAGUGGGCAAUUAAUACAUCAUUCUGGACUAUAUGGACUUGGAUAGUUGAAUUUUUGAUAUUUAUGCUCGUCCCAGGUUUGGUUUUGAUCUUCAAUAUACUGGUUAUAUUGGAAGUACGAAGAAUGUCGAAAAUAGAACUUCAUGGUAACGAGCAGCGAACGUCUGCCACAACUCUUAUGCUUUUGACUGUGUCAUUCUAUCUUAUAUUCACGGUUCUACCAGUUACCGUAACAACCUCUCUUUACACAACGUUUCCGUAUGGGAAACUGGGAAUGUCCGAAGAGGAAACCCGUUCUGAUCCAAUAUGGAAAAGAUUCUUUACAUAUGUUUUUAUUAAAGCUAUUGUCAACGAGAUUGGACUAACACACUUCGUAUUUAACUUUUUCAUAUAUUUGAUCACAGGUCGACAGUUUCGCAAGGAACUGGAGAAACUUAUAACAAGCAGUAUAAUCUGCACGAAAUGGAAUGCUUAUAGACAAAGAGAUUUCAGUACGAGUGGGGAGUCCACUUGGGCUUCUAGAUAUAGUAAAAAGGAUUCGCUUGGCAUGAAGCAGGGUGUAAACGGGCACACUUCAUUGUUAGUUAACUGCAACAAUACGACAACUACUACUACUACAAACACCGAAACUGUUGUGAUGGUUCGUAAUAACCGACAUGACAGCGGAACAAAUAGCAAUCUUCAGAUUCCUGGACAAUCCAUUUAACUGUCUUCUUGGUGGACAAAAAGGAAAAGGUAUUAUCACUUUGAUUUGGUGUAUUAUAAGAUGCUGCGAAAAAAAUUCGUUAAAUCCACAGAAUAUAGUAAUUGUUUUCUAAGUUGACAUUUUGUAAAAUGCUCUGCUCACUUUGAAUAAAAACGAAUACUCCUUCCUCUCUGUGUCCAAGGAUACAUUAUUCGACCAAUGUUUUGAAGACUGCUAUCUGUUUGGUAUCAGAUCUUUUGAUGAUAUAGUUAGUCAGAUAGAUUAAUAAGUUUCUAGAAAUGCUUUUAGAUUCGUACUAAAAUGUGGUUUCUUCU